UGUCAUACCCGGUAGACAGUGUGGUGUAGCUAGCUGGCUAGUUGCUGCACAUUUCAGGUUAUGACAAAACACAGGUAAUGUAAGUCAACUUUUGUGUGACUUUAAUUUGAUGUCGCAGUAUAGCACCGUGUAUUCACGGACAUUUCUGUGUAUUCGACAAGUUGGCUAAAACAGCUCAAUGAGAGAGUGGUUGAGCAGUAUAGGCGUUAGCUAAAUGAAUUAGCUAACUGUGUAGCUCGCUUGCUAACGUUAUCGAAUCAACUCGAGGUCGGAAGGUAGCUUGGGCUUUGAGUGUCAUUUUGCUCAAUCUCUUUUUAGUAAAUUCAAAUAGAGUCAUUAAAUGAGCUUCAUGGUUAGCUAAUGUGGCUAAGGAAAAUAGUUUGAUUGACGCUCCACAGAUUGGUAUUCUGAAGAUGGCUUCUUAUUUUGAUGAGCAUGAUUGUGAACCAACGAAUCCCGAAGAACAGUACCGUCAGAAUGCACUACUAGAACUGGCCAGGUCUUUGAUGCAGGGCCUCGACAUUGACUCGGGAGUGUUUGACCUGUCGGACUGGGACCAGCGUCUUCCUCCCCCAGCUGCUAAAACAGCUGUCCAAACCUUACCUGUGGUUGUCAUAUCCCCAGAGCAAGCAGACAAAGGGCUGAAGUGUCCUGUGUGUCUGCUGGAGUUUGAGGAGCAGGAGACAGUGAGGGAGAUGCCCUGCAAACACCUCUUUCACUCUGGUUGUAUCCUGCCCUGGUUAGGGAAGACAAAUUCUUGCCCGCUAUGCCGUCUCGAGCUACCAACCGACAAUCCAGAGUAUGAAGAGUUCAAGAAGGACAAGGACAGGAGAAAACAGAGGGAAAACAGACUGGAAGAUCUGCAUGGAGCCAUGUACACAUAACGGCUCAGAGCACACUGCUUAUUUCUGAUUUCCCCUUUCUAGCGUUGGGUCGCAAUAGAAUUAAGAAUUGACCAAAGCUGCAAAUAAUAUUAUGUAGCUAUUAUGUUUUAUCGUAUGUACUGUAAAUAUGUCAGUUUUAAAUACAGUCAAUUGUACAAAGACACAUUUUGUGAUUCAAAUUAUGGAUGAUCAUUCUACAAUGAAAGGAAUACUGAGACAGUUGAGUCUGUUUGAACUCUCUACAUUCACUGCCUUAACACAUCAUAGCAUUUCUUCCUUUUCCCCAAGAUGCAAUACAUUGACCAAAACAGAUGAUUAAAUGGCUUUUCACGGCAUAUGUUUUGUUGGCCUCACAAUAUUUAUCAGACUUUAAAUUCAAUCUGUUUAUAGUGAUGCUUGCUUUGGCAUCAUCAUUAAAGGCCCAGUGCAGUCAAUUCUG